GGUAGCCUGUGCAAACUAACUGACACGACAGUGGCGCUGAAAUUCCACGUGGACCCGGUCAUUGACCAAAACACUCCGGUCUCCGUGACUGCCGGGGAGCGCGCCUGCCACCACCGUGGCGCAGUGCAGACUGGGAGGCGCGAGCAAGGCGGUACGGGGCAGAGGUUUUAUCCAGAUGUGAACCUAAAACGCAAACCGGCUCGAUUUAAAGUUUUUUUUUACCGUCCACACAUCAACUAUGCAGACAGGUGUGCUCAUGGAGUCUCACCUGGGCAGGUUGGUCCCAUGUGUCCUGUCCCUGUACCUGUUUCUAUACUUGUGCCAGGCUGCACCAGGUCUACCUGGGACACAGAGGGAGGAAUCAGUUGAUGUCCACCCCGCUGCAGUGGCGCUAGCCAAUCCCUUCGGCACCAGUGAUGAGGACCACAGAUUGCUAAAAAGUUACAUCCAAUCCAGUCUGAAGGAUGGCCAAGGAGGACCAGAAAUUAGCACCUGGGAGCAAGAGGUGUUCUUCCUGUUUCGUCUCUAUGAUUACGAUCGCAGUGGGUUCCUGGAUGGCUUGGAGAUGAUGAAGCUACUUUCAGAAUACAACUCCCAUCAUGCACCUGGAACACAGGCCAAUGAACCGGUGGUGUCUAUGGUGGAUUUUUUACUCCAGACUCAGGAUCUAAACCAGGACGGCCUAUUGGCCCCAUCCGAGCUGCUGUCUCCUUCAUUACCUCACACACAGGACUCCAACAACAACAAUGCACCUCACCAGAAGCAGGAAGUAGCAGCAGAGGAGAAGCUGUCCAACCCAAGCACUCAGGAGGGGAAGGCAGGCACAGCAGAGCACAGAGAGGAGGCUCAUGAGAAGGUGCAGCCUGAUGAGGAAGAGCAAUCUCAACAGGAAGUAAAGACAGAAGAAGAGGCGUUCAUAAAUCAAGUAGACGAACAGCAUGGACAGCAAAUCCCAGAAGCCCCAGCAGCAGAACAGGAACAGGAGCACAAAGUGCCUGUUCACCAGGGGCAACCAGAGAUGUGAAUGUACAAACACACACACAUACACACACACAAGUUAAAAAAUACCACUAAUGAUCUUUUUCUUGAUUACAAUUCUGAGAUUCUACUAUCCAUUUAAUCUGACUGAUAAACAUAAAGAUGGUUGAAUAAUGAUGAAGAUGAAUAUUUUGAAAGUAUUUAUCUCGCUAUAUUCAAAAACUUUUUCUACAACCAGUUGGUUUUAGCUAUGGUAUGCAAAGAUUCCGAGAGCUGUUAAAGGGACAAAAGUCCUAAAGUCCAAACACAGUAUUAUUCAUAUUAAUACAACAGAAACCAUCCUUAAUAGGGAUUGAAUUUUUUUCCUGUUCCCAGCUACUUCUAUACAAAAGUUGUUAAUCUAAUUUUAAAUGAUUUGAAAGGUGUAAAAUGUGUAUUUUAUUUGCUUUAAUGUAUUACAUAUUUCUUAUGUAUUUGUGUUUUUCUAUGUAAAGUUUCAUGUACACACUGACUGGCCUUAUUGUGUCUGACCCACACUAGGAUUAGGAUUUCCACCUAGUAGUUAUGCAUUAGGACUGUUAUGUAGUUAUGUCUUUUACAGAAAGCUUAACGUAGCCAUGAAAUUACAUUUAGUCUUCCUUGAGUGUUUCCUCAACAUUCACAAUAACUUAAUUAAUUUACUAAAU